AGGAGGACAGGAGGUGUUGCAGGUGCAAGAGCGGAGAUUCCCUGGCACUCAAGCGCAGCCCAGGGUGAGGGGGGCUAACCCCUCCAGCCCCUGGAUCAGAGACCCACCUGCGGCCCACACUGGAGCAGGUGGGCAUGGCCCAGAGGAACCUGCAGCCCCGGAGAGACGAGCCCACCCUGCAGCAGGAGUGCUGGCAGCACUUGUGACCACGCAGGAGGUCGGCGCUGGAGCAGCCUGUUCCCGAAGGACUGCGCCCCAGGGAAGGAGCCAGGCCGUGGCACUUUGUGCAGGACUGUCUCCCGUGGGAGGGACCCCAGCUAGGGCACGGCAGGAGUGCGGGGAGAGGCGCGAUGGACCGACCGCAACCACUGCUUGCACCCCGGGCAGUGCCUGGGAAGACAAGGGGAGGCGAAUGUUUCCUGCUUCAUUGCUGACUUCCCAGCUGCGCUACUGACGGGACCCAUGAAGGAGACCCUGCCGGCGCCGAGCCAGCAGGGGCAGGGCGCUGCGGCCUGCGCGGCCGCCCCGCGCCGUCACGGGCGGCGGGCGGGACCUCCGGGAGGCGGGCACAGCCUGAGGGAGGGCGGCCCAAGGUCGGCGCUGCCCUGCCCUGCCCUGCGCGGCUCUCCGCGGCUGCCCGCACAUGGAGUACGACUGGCUCGGCUUCGGCUACGCCGCGCUGGUGGCCACGGGCGGUGUCGUGGGCUACGCCAAGGCAGCGUCCCUUCUCUAGCUGCCGGUCUUCUGUUUGGCGGCUUAGCGGGACUGGGCGCUUACCAGCAGUCCAAAGAUCCGAAGAAUGUGUGGCUUUCCCUCGUGGCAUCUGGCACCUUGUCUGCUGUUAUGGGAAUGAGAUUUUACAACUCCAAAAAGGCAAUGCCUGGGAUAAUUGCCGGUGCCAGUUUACUGAUGGUUGGACGGCUUGGAUUGCAGAUGAUGGAAAAAACCUAUUAAGCCAUAAAUCUGCAUCAGGUGACUUGAAGACACAUGACUGAGAAGCCCAAAAAUGCAACUGCCUAAAUGUGCUGCACAUAAGUGGAAAAGGCACUGCUCACUGUGCGCUCUAUUUUUCAUAUCCUAAUGCGCAUGGGUUGUGUUUUUAAAGGACCGAUCCAGAGAGCCCUUGUCAUGGUAUUUGUCUUAACAUUUUCUGCACUGAAAGUGAGCAAGAAAAUAUGAGUAGAGCAUUAAUUUAGCUUCUGGUCCUGUAGCUAAGUGUUGACAAAGACCUCCUGGCCCUUGCACUCAGACAUUUGGAGGAUUGAAGCUUAAAUGCACAUCUGACUUGUCCUUCUAAAAUCAUGUAUACCUCUAAAACCAGGGCAGAGGAGCUGCCGAUUUGUCACUAGCAAUUAAUACAAUAAACAUGCUUAUGAUGUUCCACCUCCCUUUCCAUGCCAGUUUAUCCAUUCACAGCAUUUGUCAGUCAGGGGGUUUGUUCUCCCAGCACUGCGUGUUACUACUUGGUCCCAGAAAACACAAUCACAGAGCCGGCUGUCAAGGCUUUGCUGUAAUGCAAUAAAUGUUUACCCAUGCCUUGCAAUCACUUGUAAGCUCAGCUAUAUGUCAUUCAUUUCACUUCUACAGAUUACUACUCAUAAAUCAAAAAUGUGCUUUAUUUGGUAAUGCUGAAUUAUACGCACAGCUUUAUUAAAAUGUUAUUUAAAAUAAACUA